AUGGGUGACCUGCAAGGACGCAAGGUUUUUAAAGUCUUCAACCAGGACUUCAUCGUCGACGAGCGAUACACAGUCACAAAGGAGCUCGGCCAGGGAGCUUACGGCAUUGUCUGUGCUGCCGUCAACAACCAGACUCAAGAAGGUGUCGCCAUCAAGAAGGUCACAAAUGUUUUCAGCAAAAAGAUUCUCGCCAAGCGCGCUCUGCGCGAGAUCAAGCUUCUCCAGCACUUCAGGGGACACCGCAACAUCACCUGCCUCUACGAUAUGGACAUUCCCCGGCCUGAUAACUUCAACGAAACCUACCUUUAUGAGGAGCUGAUGGAAUGUGAUCUCGCGGCCAUCAUCCGAUCCGGCCAGCCCCUCACCGACGCCCACUUCCAGUCCUUCAUCUACCAAAUCCUCUGCGGUCUCAAGUAUAUCCACUCCGCCAACGUUCUUCACCGCGAUCUGAAACCCGGUAACCUGCUCGUUAAUGCCGACUGCGAGCUCAAGAUCUGCGACUUCGGCUUGGCCCGUGGCUUCUCGGUCGACCCCGAGGAGAAUGCUGGCUACAUGACGGAAUAUGUGGCUACCAGAUGGUACCGUGCUCCCGAGAUCAUGCUGAGCUUCCAGAGCUAUACCAAAGCUAUUGACGUCUGGUCGGUGGGAUGUAUUCUGGCUGAGCUUCUUGGCGGCCGCCCCUUUUUCAAGGGUCGCGACUACGUCGACCAGCUGAACCAAAUUCUGCACAUUCUUGGAACCCCCAACGAAGAGACUCUCUCCCGCAUCGGCUCGCCCCGUGCUCAGGAAUACGUCCGUAACCUGCCAUUCAUGCCCAAGAAGCCCUUCCCCAGCCUGUUCCCUCAGGCCAACCCUGAUGCUCUCGACCUCCUCGACCGCAUGCUCGCCUUCGACCCCUCGAGCCGUAUCAGUGUCGAGCAGGCCCUCGAGCACCCCUACCUGCACAUCUGGCAUGACGCCUCUGACGAGCCCGACUGCCCCACCACCUUCAAUUUCGACUUUGAGGUUGUUGAUGACGUCGGCGAGAUGCGCAAGAUGAUUCUGGAGGAGGUCUACCGCUUCCGCCAGCUCGUCCGCACUGUUCCCGGAUCCGCCCAGGCUGGCUCGCAGGCCGCCCAACAGGCUGGUGCUGGCCAGGUGCCUAUUCCCGCGGGCAACCCCGGCUGGACCUCUUCGGAUCCCCGACCGCAGGAAUAUCUCGGAGGCCACGUCCAGGGCAACAACCCCUUGGAGGCUGACCUUGCCGGUGGUCUGGAUGGCAGAAGGUAA